UAUCCGUAACCUGACAGGUUUCUCUUUGGGACACCGGAAGCAAUCGUGGGUUUGGUGACGCUGCAUUAGACUGCAAGACAUGAUUCGGACCAAGCUAUUCGGGGUUCUCCUCCUCAGCCUGGCUCUUGCUGGAGCUCAGGCUCUCACGCCGUCUCACCACCUGUCCCUGUCUGAUGUGGGCCGGCUCCAGAAUCUUCUGAACCAACCGUACGACGACCUGGAGUCCGCGUACUACUCUGUUGUUGGGCUCACCAAGCUCGGAGCAGCUGUUCCGGAUCCUGCAGAAGUUUGCCAGUUCCUGAAAUCCCUGCUGGAUCCCAGUAGUGUUGAUUCUCUGUUCUUUGCUGCUGAAACCAGUAAAGCCAUUUCAGGAUGUGAGAUCCCUGUUUCCAAUGAAACUAGGGACAUCCUCCUGGCGGCGGUCAGCGAGGACUCGUCCAUGUCUCAGAUCCACCGGGCAGUGGGCGCUCUCAGCUCCUUGGGGCUCCCGCUCGCUUCACAGGAAGUGGUCGGUGCCCUCACGGCGCGUAUCAACAAGGAGGACAACGUCAUGGCCAUCAUCUCGGCCCUGCAGGCUGCAUCCCGUCUGUCCCAGCAGGCAGACCUGGGAGGAAUCCUGGAGGAAAUUGAGGAUCUGACAGCUCGCCUGGACGACCUAGGAGGCGUGUACCUGCAGUUUGAGGAGGGGCUGGAGGCCACCGCCCUGUUUGUGGCGGCGGCGUACGGCCUGUCGGACCAUGUAGAUAUGGAGCCGCCUCUCAAGGAGGACCAGGUCAUCCAGCUGGUCAACUCCAUCUUCAGUAAGAAGUCAUGGGACUCUCUGUCCGAGGCGUUCAGCGUGGCGAGCGCCGCUGCUGCUCUGUCCAACAACCGCUUCCACGUCCCCGUGGUAGUCAGCGCUCAGGGCCCGGCCACCGUGUCCCACAACCAGCCAACCCUGCAGCUCCUGGUCACUGACGUCAUGUCCCAGCCUCUGACCUCUGCCAGCGUUCUGGUGGAGUCUGCAUACGCCGUGGCCUCCAAGACCGCCGUUCUCAACCAGGCACCGUUCACUCAUAACGAUGGCGUCUUUGAACUGAAUUUCAUGUCCAGCCAGCAGGCCAGUGGAUAUUACCAGUUCACUAUUGGUGUGACUGGGGACAGCCGACUGGUGGCCAAUCACAUUGAGCUGAAGGUCAAAGUUUCCACUGAGGUUGCCGUUACUAACAUGGACCUCUCUGUGGUGGACAAGGACCAGAGCAUCGGCACAAAGACCACCAGAGUGCAGUAUCCCUCCAAAGCCAAGAGCCCUUUUACAGCAGACAGCCACCAGAACUUUGCCAUGUCCUUCCAGCUGGUUGACGUCAAUAAUGAGCAGGAGCUCACCCCUCACCAGACGUUUGUCCGGCUGCACAAUCAGAAAACUGGCCAGGAGGUCGUAUUCGUUGCUGAACCUGACAGCAAGAACCUCUACAAGUUCGAGUUGGACACGGCUGAACGGAAGUCAGAGUUUGAUUCCAUGUCUGGUACCUACUCUCUCUACCUCAUGGUUGGAGAUGCCACCCUGGAAAAUCCCAUCUUGUGGAACGUGGCUGAUGUCAUCCUGAAGUUUGCAGAAGAAGAAGCUCCAGUCGCUGUUCAGCCAAAGACCCUUUAUGUACCCAAACCAGAGAUUCAGCAUUUGUUCAGGGAGCCGGAAAAGAAGCCCCCAACGGUGGUUUCCAACACCUUCACUGCUCUCGUCCUGUCUCCGCUCCUGCUUCUGCUCAUUCUGUGGUUUAAGCUCGGAGCCAACAUCUCCAACUUCAGCUUCUCUCCAAGCACCAUCCUGUUCCAUCUGGGACACGCAGCCAUGCUGGGCCUGAUGUACGUCUACUGGACCAACCUGAACAUGUUCCAAACUCUGAAGUACCUGGCAAUCAUCGGCGGCGUAACCUUCCUAGCGGGGAACCGCAUGCUGGCCCAGAAAGCAGUAAAGAGGAUUGCUGCAGAGCAGAGUAGUAGGUUGGCAAAGUAUAGGAGCCUUCGGUAAAGCCCCCCCCCCACACUUUUGUAACAUAAGCGUGGGUUCUGCUUCCAGGCUGAAAAUGGAGAAAAAAUAAGGACAAAAACAUUCAAAGAAGAAACUGAUAGUGGUCAUUUUGUAAUUUUAUUUUUUUGGUUUGCUACAAAAUCAGACUCUGGGGAAAAAUGGCCCGAAUGUUCAAGAAUCCAGUGAACGGUUUUAAACAUGCAGUAUGACUGUGUUGCCAAACAGAAGGGACAGAGACGCCUUGGGACAAACACUGACAGAUUCUCUUGCAGAGGGCGGUAGAGCUACUGAUCGUUGUACUUCUUUUCUUUUUGUCCAACACAGCAGAGUUUUUUCAGUGAAUUUUUUGUGGUUUCUUGAUGAAAAUUGGGUUUUGUCCUUUUUUUUUUUUUGUACAUUCCUCUUCGUUGAUGCUCUGUUCCCUUUUCACCUCAGAAAGGAGCUGCUGCUUCUUUUUCUCAACAAUUGGACAUCGCACUGACACCCCAAAACAAUAUCAACUAUGCUGAUGGGUUUGCCUAUGGUACUCUUUUAUUUUCUACAGAAGAUGCUCCCAUGAUGUGUUGAUGACAAAAAUAUGUUUUUGUAAUGAAGAUGGGGAAAAUAAAGAAGCCGAGGUGAA